AUGCUAACAGAACAGUCGACGAAGGAUCCAUUAAUGAACACCAAAACUCAUAUUCAAAAAGUAGCGACAGAUGUUAACCGAAAUGGCGUCAAAGUGGAAAAAACUUUGGAUGAUAUAACUGCUUAUAAUCAGAAAACAUUGAAUGUUGCUUUCCAUGCAAAUGUGAAUGGCCAUAUUGGUUUAAAUGAUAACGAGGUCAUUCGUUUCGACAGAGUGAAAACCAAUUUAGAAAGUGCCUACCACAGGAAAAAUGGAAUAUUGCAGGCACCAACACCAGGAUAUUAUGUAUUUUUCGUCCAUUUUCUUGUCCUGGCACAAAAACGACUCGAAGCACAAAUAGUUAAAAAUGGUUACUUAAUUCAAAGCAUAUUUGCUGGUACGCAGGAUGUAGGACAUGGACCGGGCUCGAACUUAGCAAUUGUUAGACUUGUCCAGGGGGAUAGAGUUUGGGUAAAAGUUCACGACAAAUACCAUGAUACUGGAGAUAUUCUAGAUGGACCAUGGUGUACGUUUUCUGGCUUCCUUCUUUAUCCUGAAGUUUAA